AAUUUAGGGGGUCCCACCAAUCAUCUCUCUAUUUCUCUCUGCAAGCAUCUCCACGACGACAGCUUCAGCAAAAAUAAAACUAAAAUUAAAAUAAAAAAGGAAAAAAAAAGGAGAGAGAAAGUGAGAAAAAAAUCAGCCACCAUUUUUACUUGGGGGUACUUUUUUUUUUUUUGGUUUUGGUUUUGGUUUCUCUCUCUACGAACUCUCCCCUUCUUCGCUCUGUUCGUACGAUCUCUUUUUUUCGCACUUUCUCUCUCCUCCGAUCGACGAAUGCUGAUAUUUUGCUAAGUUCUGGUGUGAGUUAUGGACUUAUUGGUUUGCGGGUUGUAUCCUUGACUUGGAAUUUGAGGAUUCGUGGGUCGUUGAUGGAUUGAUUUUUUAGCUAGUUAAGUUGUCUGGGGUUGAAGUUUUAAGUGUUUCGGGACAUGAGUUAGUUAUUUGGACUCGAGGAAAUGGCUGGAAAUGCGAAGUUUGAAUUGAGUUCUGUCAGUCCUGAUGACUCAGGCUUUUCAGGGAAUUACUCAAACGGACAGAGAAGUAGCUAUGUGGGUCCUAGUUUGGAUAGGUCAGGAAGCUUCCGUGAAGGAAGCGAUGGUAGGAAUUAUAGUUCCGGAUCUGGCACAUCAAAGAUGAAUGCUUUGCCAAUGGCCGAUUUGCCACCAUUGUCCCAGUGUUUAACACUGGAGCCCUUUGCCAUUGGAGAUCUGAAAAAUACACGGGCUGGGGAAUGGAAGAGGGCAGUAGGAUAUUCUUUUGGCAAUGCCACUGAAGAUAAUUCUUUUGGAGCAGGUCAUUCUAAGCCUCCACCGACUAUAGUCGCUGAAGAAUUGAAACGCUUUAAAGCAAGUGUUUCUGAUGGAUCACACAAGGCUAGGAGUAGGGUGAAAAGAUUGGAUGAUUCGUGCAAUAGGUUGAUAAAGUAUUUAGAAGCCUCAAACUCAAAGAAACAAAUACAAAACGAAAGAUCUGGCGGUUCAAACUUGCUGAAGAUGGGAACUCAGUCUCAUCGAAGCUCGCCAGAGGACAGGAAUAAGAACAUUGGUCUCAAUAAGCGUGCCCGUACACCAAUGGGAGACAUGCGGGCAGAGGGAAGGAGCAAUGGUGUACCAAGGCAAAAUUUAGUGUUGGGAAAGGAUAAAGAUGGAGCUAAGGAGGGUAGUUCUGACCUCGGUGAAGAAAAAAUUCGCAGGUUACCUGCUGGCGGAGAGGGAUGGGACAAAAAAAUGAAAAGAAAGCGUUCAGUAAGUAGUGUUUUUCCUAGGUCGGUUGAUGGUGAUGGGGAGCUUAAGAGGACCAUGCAUGCUAGGCUUGGCAAUGACUCUGGAAUUCACUCUUCAGAUGUUCAUGGCUUCAGACCCGGAUCUUCUAAUGGUCCUACUGGAAGCAACAAGUUGGAAAGAGCCCCGUCACCUGUGAGCUUGAGCGCUCGUAUGACAACCAAAAAUGAAUUGGACAAGACUUCUCUAUCUAGGGAACUUACUGGAGUGAACAAGGAACGGUUACUACCAAAAGGAAACUCUAAGUUAAAUAUGCGUGAAGAUUCCCAUGGGUUUAGCCCUAGUUCCAUUACGAAGGGCAAGGCUUCUAGAGCUCACCGAACUGGCCCUGCCUCUGUAGGAAACUCAUCUCCUAGCUUCUCGCGAAUGUCUGGGACAGAAGACUGGGAGCAACCUCUUAAUGUGAACAAAGUCCAUUCUUUGGCCGGAGUAAAUAACCGUAAACGUCCAGUACCCGCUGACUCAUCUGUAAUGGCUCAUUGGGUAGGUCAGAGACGGCCACAAAAAAUUUCUCGUAAUCGGAGAACAAAUAUCGUGUCUCCUACUUCGAACCAUGAGGAAGCACAGAUUUCAUCUGAAGGAUGCACUCCCUCUGAUUUUAGCACCAGAAUAACUGGCGCUGUGAAUGCGUCAUAUCCUGUCAGAAAUAUUAUGAGUAGUUCGCAGCAGCUGAAGGCUAAACUUGACAAUGCACCCUCUCCAGCAAGAUUAUCUGAAGGUGAGGAAACCAGUGCUGUUGACAACAGACUCAAAGAUAAGGAAGGUUCUGAGUUUGAUGAUAAAAGUUCAAACACUCAUCAACAUGUUAGUCCUUCUGGCUUGUUCACAAAGAAGAGCAAAUUGCUCACGAAGGAUGAAAUUGGUGAUGGUGUACGUAGACAAGGUCGUAGUGGGAGGGGCUCUUCAUUGCCAAAAGGUAGCAUAUCUCCUCUAAGGGAGAAGCUGGAGAAUUCGACUGUGGGAAAACCUGUUAGGAGUUCAAGACCUGGUUCCGAGAAGAAUGGAAGUAAGUCAGGCCGACCUCCUCUAAAAAAGCAUUCAGAUCGCAAGGGUUUUACUCGUCUUGGACCACUGCCAAAUAGUAGUUCUCCAGAUUUCACUGGUGAAUCGGAUGAUGACCGUGAAGAACUUAUAGCAGCGGCACAGUUUGCUUGCAAUGCCAGUUAUAAUGGUUGUUCUUCUUCAUUUUGGAAAAGAAUGGAACCACUUUUUAAUUUUAGACCUGAGGAUAAAUCAUUUUUGGAAGAACAGCUGAAAAUUCUAGAGGAUCAUUCAAACGAAAAGCAGAUGUCAAGCGUGGGUGAUAACGUUCUGAGACAUGUUUCUCAAAUUGAAUAUUUUCGGACACAGUGUUCUGCUUCUGGAGAAAGCAAGAUAUGCACCCUAGACAAUGGGCUGACUAAGACUGGAGGCUUCAUCAAUCACUUUCAGGAUAAUGAUUCUUCAUACAGAGGAUCAGACUCUCAUAAAGGGCCUACCAGCCUCACCCCAUUAUACCAGAGAGUCUUAUCUGCUCUCAUUGUUGAAGAUGAUCUUGAAGAAUAUGAUGAAAAUCGUUUUAGAGAUGAUCCGUGUAUGGAAAAUAGAAUAUCUUGUAAUGGCAAUGCCAGUCAUAGGUUCUCUAACAUCCAGGUUCCUGUACAUGAAGAAAUCGAGGAAGACGAUUAUGGUUUUAAACACCCAGCUGGUCAGACAGGUCCUGGGUUUCACCGGAACGACACAAAUGGUUCACUAGCUAUUCAUAUUGAUACAUCUGGUAAUUCUUCAUUUGAAUGUGAAUAUGAUCAGAUGUGCGUGGAUGAGAAGCUACUGCUUGAGUUGCAAAGUGUUGGCUUAUAUCCAGAGCCUGUGCCCGAUCUAGCAGAGGGAGAGGAUGAAUUGAUUAAUCAAGAAAUCGUCCAACUCAAAAAUCAUCUUUCCCAGCAGGCCGGGGAAAAAAAGGCAUACUUCGACAAUUUGUAUAAAGCAGUAAAAGACAAGGAGGUUGAAGGACGGGAUCUUGAGCGGCUUGCAAUGAACAGGUUAAUUGAGUUGGCUUACAGGAAGCUUCUGGCAACGCGUGGAAGCAGUGCUGCUAGAAUUGGAAUCAGUAAGGUCUCAAGACAUGUGGCCUUGGCCUGUAUCAAAAGAACCUUGGCUAGGUGUCGGAAAUUUGAAGAUGCAGGGAAGAGUUGUUUCAGUGAGCCUUCUCUUCGAGAAAUUCUUCUUGCUGUACCUAGCAAUAACGUGGGAGCUGCUAGUGGCAUCCAAGCAGAACAGAACGUGAGAUUGGACUCCAGAACUUCAGGAGCAUAUGUUGUUGGUCUGGAACCGCUUGAUCCUCAAAAUGAUAAUUCUGAUAGGGGUUUUCCGUUUGAUACAUAUGACCAUCAAUCUGACCAAGCUUUUGCAAAAAACGGACCUAUAUUGAAUAGAGGGAAGAAGAAGGAAGUGUUGCUUGAUGAUGUUGGUGGAAAUGGUGCCCUGAGAUGUACCGCAGCACUUGGAUCAUCUGUUAUGGGUGGAGCAAAGGGAAAGAGAAGUGACAGAGAUUCCGGUGUGAAAGCUGGGCGUCCAUCAAUCUCUAAUUUAAGGGGUGAAAGAAAAACAAAAUCAAAACCUAAGCAAAAGGCUGCACAGUUGUCAACACAUCCAGUCCAACCUUCAGGUAAUAAUGUUUCCAACGACAUGUUUGGUAAUAAUAGUAAUAGGAAACGAGAAGGUCUUAUUUCUCCCGGAAAUAUUCUGGAUUCGUCUAAAGAGUGCAAAGAUGUUAUGGACCUUAGUAGCUUACCAUUAAGUGAAAUAGACUCGAUAGAAGACUUGGGUGUAGCAAAUGAAUUUGAAGGUCAUCAAGAUCUGAGUACUUGGUUAAAUUUUGACGAGGAUGGUUUGCAAGAUCACGAUUCCAUGGGUCUUGAAAUACCAAUGGAUGAUCUAUCUGAGUUAAAUAUGCUUAUAUGAAGACAAGACAUUGUACAUUUCUAGCUUAAGUUUACGAUAAUAGUUUAAUUGCUGGCAACCAAGCAAGGAAGCCAGCUGUAUAAUUAUUUUAUGCCUCAGGAAAUCAGCACUUGUAAAUUAUGCCCAUUCUUUUUGUAUACUUAGGUUUAGAUAUCACGAUAAUUUGUUUAUGUCAUUUAAAUAGUUCUACCUCUGUAACAAAUCACAGUUUUCACUAAUAGAAAUCAUUUCAUUAUCUUUUUC